UUUGUCAUAAAUAUUAAACAUAUGGAUACGGCAUAAGACAAAAAUCUGUAAGCCAACAUAAUUCGUACCAUUAUUAACCGCUAGAUGUCAUAAUCAUCAAUUAUCUGUACAUAAUAUUAUGCACCAGAAAGUGAACUCAGAGUGCAGAGGUUCAAGACAUGGAUGAAUCAUCCAGUGACGAUGAUGGUGAUUUACCACCGGGUGUUUCGAAAUCUGACAGCCGUUCAAAUCAAAGAACUCAGCCGGCUGUUCCAGAAAAGGUUAUUUUAGUGAUACGAGAAUUUGAUAACCUCAAUACGAGAAUACCUGUUUGAGAAUCUGGCAACCCUGCUUGUCACACAGAAGAUCUGUGCGAGUGAGAAUCAUCGUUUCUCUCUCCGUUAUGUUGGCAGAAACAGGACUUUAGUAAACAGACUAUCAAGAUGCCCGAAAGAGUUGAAGAAGUUCCUACUAUUGGAAUUAUUUAUCCACCGCCGGAAGUAAGGAAUAUUGUCGAUAAAACUGCCAGUUUUGUAGCACGAAAUGGACCAGAAUUUGAGUCUCGUAUUCGUCAAAAUGAAUUGGGCAAUCCCAAAUUUAAUUUUCUUACCCAAGGUGAUCCCUACCAUGCAUACUAUGUACACAAAGUCAAAGACCUCAGAGAAAAAGCUGCACAAGAGCCAACCUUACCACCUAAAGAAACAAAAAGCAUAUUGUCAACUGCUACCCAACUAAAACAACAAGAGCUUCUGAAACAAGCACAGGAAGCAAUAUUUGUACCAAAAGAUCCACCAAAAGAAUUUGAAUUUAUUGCCGAUCCUCCAUCAAUAUCAGCUCUUGACUUAGACACAGUGAAGCUUACUGCAUUAUUCGUUGCUCGUAAUGGCAGACAGUUUUUAACCAAUCUGAUGGCAAGAGAACAACGUAACUUUCAGUUUGAUUUUUUACGUCCACAACAUUCACUAUUUCAAUAUUUCACAAAGCUUCUUGAACAGUACACUAAAGUGCUGAUGCCUCCUAAAGAUCUUAUAAAGUGUUUAAAAGAAGAAAGUUAUGAUCGACAAAAAAUUUUAGAUGAUGUAAAAUAUCGUGCCGAAUGGCAAAAACACCAAGAUGCUUUACGUAGAAAAGAAGAACAGCUUAUAGAAAAAGAAAGAUUGGCCUAUUCUCAGAUUGAUUGGCAUGAUUUUGUUGUUGUAGAAACUGUUGACUUUCAAUACGGUGAAAUUGGCAAUUUCCCUCAACCAACUACACCGGAUCAAGUUGGCGUGCGUACCUUGAUGCAAGAACGUGUAGAUAAUGGAGAAGAAGCUGUUGAAAUGAGUGAUGCAGAAGAUGACAUGCAGGUAGACAGUGAUGAUGAAAUGGAAAAACGAGUUAAUGGUAGAACGUAUGCACCAGAAAGUGAACUCAAAGUGCCCGGUGAAGAAAAGUCCAGUAGAGACAACAACCAGGUUCAAGACAUGGAUGAAUCAUCCAGUGACGAUGAUGGUGAUUUACCACCGGGUGUUUCGAAAUCUGACAGCCGUUCAAAUCAAAUGACUCAGCCGGCUGUUCCAGAAAAGGUUAUUGUGAAAAAGGGAUACAAUCCCAAACAAAUUGUUCGAGCACCAGUUAAAGCACCUCCUGAAGAAUAUUUAAUAUCUCCAAUUACUGGUGAAAAGAUACCUGCAAGCAAAGUCCAAGAACAUAUGAGAAUAGGAUUAUUAGAUCCCCGUUGGGUAGAACAACGAGACAAGCAUAUCAGUGAUAAAAUGAAUCAAGAAUCUGUGUAUGCUCCAGGAGCUGCUAUUGAGGCUAGUUUAAAACAGUUGGCUGAACGCCGUACUGAUAUAUUUGGUGUUGGAGUUGAAGAAACUGCCAUUGGUAAAAAAAUUGGUGAAGAAGAAAGUAGAAAAGAUGAUAAGGCUACAUGGGAUGGGCACACCUCCAGUGUAGAAGCUGCAACUCGUGCAGCACGAGCUAAUAUCACUCUAGAAGAUCAAAUUCACCAAAUUCAUAAAGUAAAAGGUCUAAUUCAUGAUGAUGAAAAAGAAAAAAUUGGUCCAAAACCUGUAUCAGGUACAGUAACUAUUUCUCAUCCGCCGACUUCUCAAGCCGUUUCUGUACAAAUGUCAAUGGCUAAUAACAUGCAAAAUGCAAUGAUGCAACCACAUGCGCCUAACAUGAUGCAAUCCCAAUCUAUGAUAAUGGUUCAGCAACAACAACAGAUGAUGGUUCCCCAACCUCAAGCUUAUCAAGUAAUGCAGCCCCAAAUGCCACCGAAUCCAUUUUUGGGCGCUACUAGAGGAAUGAUGCAACCUCCAUUACCUCAGGGUCAACCUGGAAUGAAGCACAUAAUGGAAAUCGCUGAAGAUGAACCACUUAUGAAGAAACAAAAGACAGAAGACUCUUUAGAACCUGAAAUACAGUUUAUGAUGAAGUUUAAUGGUCCUGUCAUGUUUAAUGUUGGAACACCUGUUCUCACAGACAAACCGGAAUGGGCGCUCAAUGGACAGAUAUUAAAUAUAACAUUACCACUACAAGAAACAGUGUCUGUGAUUAAGACAAAAAUUCAUGAGUUAACUGGAAUGCCGCCUGGCAAACAAAAACUGCAAUGUGAUGGAUUGUUCUUCAAAGAUUCCAAUACGUUAGCUUAUUAUAACAUAGGACCUGGUACGACUAUUCAUUUGCAAUUGAAAGAACGUGGUGGUCGUAAAAAAUAAUUGUAAAAAAAUUAAAAGAAUCCUAAAUCAUUUUAUUUACUAUUGUAAUAUUUGAUAACAUAUAAAUAUAUUUAUUCAUUUCAUUAUAUAAAACAUAUAUUAAGGAUCAACGUCAUAAUGUAAAACCAGUUCUGUUUAUAUGUGUUUCUCAUUUUCUAGUAGCAGAUAGCACCUCUUUAAUAAUAUUAUUGUACCGCUUGACCAUUGGAGUGUAAAUCUAUAAAUAGUAAUAAAUAAUUAGUAUCAUUUCUAUACAAAAAUGUAUCUUUGACUUACUUCAUAAGCAUCUUUAUGAGGAGAACAAGCUAAUGUGGGAGGAGCGGCAGUAGUGACCACCGAUUGAAAUGAAUCAACGCAGUCGGUACAUUUACUUUGAACUAGUCCACGUUUAGCUUGAUAUGCAGCACCCAGGACUGCGGAAUUGGCAGCUUCCUAAAAUUAUGUUAAAUAUAAAUAAACGUCUGAAGAAUAUAAAAAAAAAUACUUGUA